AUGGGGAACUGCUUUGGAACUCAACAAGUUGAUCACCAUAUCCAGUCCACGAAGAAACUAAAAGACAGCAAACAAAAUGGAUCACUGCCGGUGCCGGCACCGAAAACAAACAAAGAGAGCUGUGGCGCUGAAGGAAGAAACAAGGAGGGAGGAAAGGUGGCCGUGCCCGAAAGCGGAAAGAUUCUGAUGAGCACCACCAUGAAAUUAUUCACUUUGGCAGAACUCGAGGCUGCCACCAGAAAUUUCAAGCCGGCGACUGUGCUAGGUGAGAGCGGUUUCGGUAGAGUUUUCAAAGGUUGGGUCGAUGAGAAAACCUAUGCUCCUUCAAAAGUUGGCGUUGGCAUGGCGGUCGCCGUCAAGAAAUCAAAUCCCGAUAACUCCCAAGGCUUGCGAGAAUGGCAGGCAGAGGUGAAAUUUCUGGGCAAGUUCAGCCAUCCAAACCUAGUAAAGUUGUUGGGAUACUGUAGGGAGGAGAACCAGUUCCUCAUUGUCUACGAAUACAUGCGAAAGGGCAGCCUGGAAAACCACCUCUUCAGAUAUAACUCAUUUUCUCUGUCUUUUAUUUUGAGAUAUUGCAGAAACUUAAAGCUGUUUUUUUAUAUACAAAACUCAAAUUGCAGCAGGAGGAGCAGAGCCUCAUACAUGGGGAACGCGGCUUAA